UCUCUUUCGCCAACCUUUCUCCUCAGUUUCAAUUUCUUGUUUCUCCCCUCAAUUCUCUCUCCAAACAGCCUACACACACACAUAUAUACAUACACGGUCACACACAAAUUGUCCCAUUUAUAUAUAUGUUUCAAGUUCUACAUUACACAUUUUCAUGGCGGGUCUCCACUCUUCUUCAAGACCCUCCUCUUCUUCUUCCCUUUCAUCAUCAUCAUCAUCAUCAUCAUCAUCUUCCUCUCAACAAGUCUUUACUUCUCGUCUCCUCUUGCUUUUGACUCUUCUCCCAUUAACCCUUGCUUUCUUUGCUUUCGUUCUCCAAUGGCGUGGCGGUUUAACCGACCCGGUCACCCGUUGGUCUCCAGACCCGUUUCAGUUCCCUGGUAUGGAUAAUCCUGGCUCGAACGUUGGAUCGGAUCGGCGUUCCGGUUCGGAUUGUGUCGAUCUUUUGGGUCGAAGCAAGUCCCCGGCUUUCCCUUAUUUUAAGGAUUGGAAAUUCGAUGUCGGGUCGGAUCUUAACCCUAAGAUAUGUAUUAUUUCAAGUACUUCUGCAGGAUUAGAACAGACACUACCAUGGAUCUUUUAUCACAAGGUUAUUGGAGUUUCAGCCUUUUUCCUUUUUGUUGAGGGGAAGGCUGCCUCUCCUAAUGUAUCUAAAGUCCUUGAAUUGAUUCCAGGGGUGAAAGUGAUUUACAGAACAAAAGAAUUAGAGGAACAACAAGCUAAAAGUCGGAUUUGGAAUGAGACCUGGUUGGCAAGUUUCUUCUACAAACCAUGUAACUACGAGUUGUUUGUGAAGCAAUCCCUUAAUAUGGAAAUGUCUAUUGUCAUGGCAAGGGAUGCUGGCAUGGAUUGGAUUAUUCAUCUUGACACCGAUGAGCUUAUACAUCCCGUGGGUGCUCGCGAGUACUCUUUGAGACAAUUACUGGCAGGUGUACCUGGAAAUGUUGAUAUGGUUGUCUUCCCAAAUUAUGAAAGCAGUGUUGAGCGGGAUGAUAUCAAGGAACCUUUUACUGAGGUCUCAAUGUUCAAGAAGAACUAUGAUCAUCUUCCCAAGGAUGUGUAUUUUGGCAAUUAUAAAGAGUCAACCCGUGGUAAUCCAAACUACUUUCUGACCUAUGGAAACGGGAAAUCAGCUGCUCGUAUUCAAGAUCAUCUUCGGCCUAAUGGUGCACAUAGAUGGCAUAACUACAUGAAGACACCAAAUGAGAUCAAAUUGGAUGAGGCUGCUGUUCUGCAUUAUACAUACCCCAAAUUUUCUGAUCUAACCUCAAGGCGUGAUCGAUGUGGUUGCAAGCCUACAAAGGAGGAUGUUAAAAGAUGUUUCAUGUUAGAGUUUGAUAGAGCUGCAUUCAUAAUUGCUUCAACUGCAACGGAGGAGGAAAUGCUUCACUGGUACCGUGAGCAUGUAGUGUGGACUGAUAAGGAAUUGAAGUUGAAACUUUUGAGGAGGGGCAUCUUAACUCGGAUUUAUGCUCCCAUGGUUAUAAUUCAAGGACUUAGGGAUUCAGGGCUUUUCGGUUCCGUAAUACAAUCGGCACAAACGACUCUCUCAAAGGACACCAAGAGUAGCAACACUUCUAGAGUAGAUAAACCUGGAAUGAUUUCAUCCAGAAAGAUCGGUGUCAAAGAAACAACAGCAACUGCCCGAAGGAUCUUGGAAAUACCCAACGAAACUUCUUACGAUUCAGCCAUCCCACCACUUUCUCCUCCAAUCCUGGAUGAUCUUCACAUCGGAAUAUAACAACACAUCAGACUCACUGCGAUUACUGCUGCCUCAUUGUUCCUUCAAAGAGUUGGAGAAUUGAAUCGAAACUCGAUGGAUGGGACAAGUUGGUUAACGCCAGUUUUGAUGGGGCAUUUCAGUAUUCGGAUUCCAGGGGGCUAUUCCCGAUCAUUACCCAAGCGGCACUGUACAUUUUAAGGUUUCGAUCAAAUAGUAGAGGUUGGUGCAUCUUUUUGAUAUUAAUUUUAGGAUGCCAUAACAUGAACCUCAGGUUAUAGAAGACAGUGAACUUUGUAUCAUUCAAAAUUGAGGAAUGGCACAUUGCUGUUCCAUUCUUUUGCAUUUUACCUCAUGGAUUCUUGCUUUCUCUGAUUUUGCUUCCAGUGAUAAUUUUAAAGAUCAUUGCAGGCUA